GUCCAGCGCGCAAGGAAAACAGGAAAAAGAACCCGUUCGGCGAGCCGGAAAUCACCACGGUGGGUGCGCGGCAGGCCCGCAUGCGCACUUGUCGGAAGGCUUUCGAGGCUUGGGGCAAUGGCGGAGCUUGGGGAGGCUGAUGAAGCGGAAUUGCAGCGCCUUGUGGCGGCCGAACAGCAGAAAGCGCAGUUCACUGCACAGGUGCAUCAUUUCAUGGAGCUGUGUUGGGAUAAGUGUGUGGAGAAGCCAGGGAAUCGCUUAGACUCUCGCACUGAAAAUUGUCUCUCUAGCUGUGUGAACCGCUUCAUUGAUACUACCCUUGCUAUCACCAGUCGCUUUGCCCAGAUUGUACAGAAAGGCGGGUAGUAGGCCAUCUCCCAGGCCAAUGACAAAAGAAACAAAGGACUUUUAGUUAUUAACGUGCCAGUGGGGUAAGGAUGUCAUCCCAUUGUCAGGUCAACAUCAGGCUGUUACCAAGCUUCUUGGUGCUAAAAAGUAGCAGAUUGAAUGUUCAGAAAGUGAAAUUUACUUGGAACUCAGAAAUUUCAUUUUGUAUGGUAUCAGUUAUUCAAUAAAUGUGGAUUCUCCCAA